CAUGCAUGAAUCUUUAUAAAUUCAAUUGAAAGGGAGGAGCCUCUCGACUAAUCCUGUAGCAAUGGCGGCUGAAUGAAGCCGACAACAGUCCCCUUCAUAUAAAGAAAAAUACAUUCGCCGGAAACCCAAGAAGGAAAGGGGGUCUUCUCUCUUCGCUCUGUAGCGACAAAGAGGAGUAUCUCUGUAAAUCAAGCAAGCCCUCUCUUUUUCCUCUUCAUAAUUGAAUCCUUUUUGGCGGAAAGCGUCGCAUGUUCAUGCGCGCUCAUUAUAAAAGUGGCGCACCGUCGGAGCAGAGGCGAGUACGUGGCCCAUCCGCCCGCCGCAGAGGCCGCGGGUGAUGAGGAGGAGGAGGAGGAGGAGACGCAACCACCGCCGGUGCAGCACCGACUUCUGAACCAGCAGCAAACGCAGCUGAUGGAAGAGGCGGUCAUGCCGAUGUACUCGCCAUACUGUCCCCCCGGAGAGACGUCGGCGAUAGUGUCGGCUCUAACGCACGUUGUCACGGGGACCAGAGGCGGUCAGCAUGGAGGAACUUACCAAUCGACAUUGGCUCCUUCAUUGGCUUACGAUUCGGCGUCGGCCGGCAGCUCAUCACAGCUUCCAUGGACUUAUAUUGGGCAAAAGAGAGAGCGUGACGAAGCAGGGAGUUCAUCACAAUUUUUGGCCGAGCCUCCUUUAAGUCAGAGGGAUUACUAUGGGAUCUAUGGUGGCAGUGUUACAUUAAGAGAAACCUCUGCUAUUUCCGCUUCCUUACCUGGACUCCAGGCAAGGACUGUCGCCGCCACCUCCAACGUCCCGCCGCCACCUUCUGGAGCGGGCCCGCCGCCCUAUGAGGGCGGAGAGAGGAGGAGGAGAUACAGGGGAGUGAGGCAGAGGCCGUGGGGGAAAUGGGCGGCGGAGAUCCGCGACCCCCAAAAAGCCGCAAGGGUCUGGCUAGGAACCUUCGACACGGCGGAGGCCGCCGCCCGGGCGUACGACGAGGCCGCCCUCCGGUUCCGUGGCAACCGUGCCAAGCUCAACUUCCCUGAAAACGUCAGAGUCAUCCCGCCCAACGUCCCGACUUACGGUUCCCCUGCCGCCGCCGCCGCGACCCUCGCCGCCGGCUCCGCUCCUCCGGCGAUAGCGGCGGGUCAGCUAGCUCCUCCGUAUGCGGGGGCGGUCCCGCUAUAUCCUAGAGGAUCUGAAGGCUUCAAUUUGGGGGACUACUGGGAGUACUCUCAGCUUCUUCAAGGGCAUAAUCAUCAUCAACCGGCGAGCUUGAUGGAGCAAAUGAUGUAUUCUUCGCAGAUGGCUUCUUCACACUCGUCGUUAUCAUUGCCUUCUUCAUCUCCGCCGCAGCCGCCGCCGCCGCCUCCUUCUUUUCCUUCAUCAGAUUUAUACGGGUCUUCGUCAUCAUCUGGUUUUGGCGGCGCUUCUUCGUUUUCUUCUUCAGUUCCUCUGUUUUUCCCUCAGCAGCCCCCGUUAGGAUACUUCCGGCCUCCGCCGCCGCGGCCCCCGCACGACCAGGGAAGCGGCGGGGAAGACUCUGAGCCGCCGCCGUCAUCGGAUUCAAGUCAUUACCAUUCAUCAACCAGUUGAAAUUCGGGUUUUUUAUUUUUAAUUUCUAUUUAGAAUCAUUCUUUUGGAGGGGGGCUGACGGUUUUCAGAGCAUUGUUUAGUACUCUUUCGGGAUGAGGAUGAUGUUUUUUUCCCGUGGACACUACUUUUACACGCAAAGACUUUUUUUAGUCAUCGGGAUUUGUUUCAGCUAGUGUCCUAUUUUCUUAUUCUUUAUAAUAUAUUGCACUUUUUAGGUCU